AUGGAAGCGAAGAUUUCCCGGAAAUCAGCAGUUGCCUCUUCUCCCGAAGUGGAAGGCGCGGCCCGGGCCCAAAUACAGCAACUUCUCUACCAACCUUUCUCAAGUACUCUUGCACCAGACAGUAUCAUGAAUGUAGUUGAGGAGAGCACGGUUGGUUUCGUCAUUGGAGAGGUUGAGCUCGGUCACGUCAAGGAAGCGGUUGAGUUGCCGAAGCAGUGGGGAAACAGCUUCCUCCACAAAUUACGGUACGCCUGGGCCAGCUCGUACCGUAAAACUUUCGCGUUGAUCUUCACGGUCAACCUCGCAGUCUUCGUUGCGCUCGUCGCGACCGCAGAAAAUGGCCGGCCUAAACAUCGCGAUAUCGGGACCGCGGCAUCAGCGAACCUCGUGGCAGCGAUUUUGUUCCGCCAGGAGAACUUUCUCAACAUCCUGUAUGAAGUCUUUGCACGAGCGCCUCACUCCUGGCCGCUGUGCAUCCGGAAGCGACUCGCAAAGGUGUUCCACUAUGGCGGCGUGCAUUCCAGCUGUGGCGUUGCUGCUGUUAUAUGGUAUAUCCUGUACACCGUUGAAGCCACGAUCCUUCUGAUUGAAGACAAGAACGCGCAUAGCGACAUCCUGGCCAAUAUGGUUACAUCUUGGGUCCUAGUCACCAUGUUCAUUGUAGUUCUCGUAGGCGCGCACCCGUCUUUCCGGAGAAGGUACCAUGACUACUUUGAAGCAUUUCAUCGCUUCGCCGGAUGGACAGCGCUGGUAAACUUCUGGGUCCACAAUGUCUUCUCAGCUGCCAUCACGGCGCGCGAGACCGGCAAUACUACUGGCAUGGCGCUGCUGGAGACACCCUCUUUCUGGACAAUCCUGAUCUCAACAGGUUGCACGCUCCUCUCCUGGUCGCGACUGCGGCUCCGUAAGGUAUAUCCGGAGAAACUCUCAAACCAUGCCACGCGGCUGCAUUUCCGCUAUGCCGGUAUGCCUUGUUUCUAUGGCGUCAAACUCUCUGACCGCCCACUCCUGGAAUGGCACGCAUUCGCAACCAUACCCGAUGUCGACGAGGCAACAGGCACGACGACCGGUUUCAGCGUUGUCGUCAGCAAUGCCGGCGACUGGACGAACAAGCAGAUCAUGGAUUCCGGCGAGCGGAAACUCUGGAUCCGUGGGAACCCUCUGCACGGGCUACUCUACACAUCUCGUCUCUUCAAGAAGAUCGUCCUUGUCGCCACAGGCUCCGGCAUCGGCCCUUGUCUGAGUCUCAUGCACGCCAAUAUCACUCCGACCCGAAUAUACUGGAGUACUCGUGAUCCUCAGAAGAACUACGGUGACGCUGUAGUCCAUGCGGUGAGGAAGGCCGACCCACGAGCUGUGAUAUGGAAUACGAGUACUCAGGGCCGGGGUAUAAUGAUACAAAGCGUGUACGAAUUGGUGAAAGAGAGCGACGCCGAAGCUGUUUUCAUCAUCAGUAAUCCCAAAGUAACGGAUUUGGUCGUGUUCGGUAUGCAAAGUCGCGGCGUUCCGGCGUAUGGUGCGAUAUUCGACUCUUAGGAUGAUUGGUUUGAGCCUCUCCCUUUUUUUC